AUUGGAUAACCUCACAGAGGUCAAAGGUGACACGCAAUUUCCAACAUGGCGGCCCCCUUGGAUGACAUGUUUUCACGAUGCGUUGAUCCCGGUAAAACUGCUAACUGCGUGGAAGUCCGAUUUAUCGACAAUGUCAAGGGUAAAGGGCUGUUCGCCAAGAGACCUUUCAAAAAGGGCGAGACCAUCUUUACUGAGCGUCCCCUUGUGUCUGCUCAGUUCUUGUGGAAUGCUUUGUACAAGUAUAAAGCGUGUGAGUACUGUCUGCGUGCUCUGGAGACGGCAGAGGAAAACGCACGCAGGCUCAGUGGUCUACCUGCCCUCGGUCUGCCCCGUCCUGAGCUGUGUAAGGUUCGGCCCGAGCUGCACCAGGCCUGCCCACACUGCCAGGUGAUGUAUUGUAGCAGCGAGUGCAGGCAGGCUGCGUGGGAUCAAUAUCACCAGGUCCUGUGUCUGGGGCCUUCACAUAAUGAUCCUGAUCAUCCAGUCAACAAGCUGCAGGAAGCAUGGAGGAGUGCACAUUAUCCUCCAGAAACCUCCAGCAUCAUGCUAAUGGCCAAAAUGGUUGCUGUUAUCAAGCAGGCUCAAGACAAGGGGCGCUGGCAGAGGCUGUUUUCCCACUUUUGCAGCCGUGCAGCCAACGAGCAGGAGGAAAUAGCACACAAAUUGCUAGGAGAGAAGUUCCAGGGCCAGCUGGCUUUGCUGCGUAACCUUUUUACUACAGCACUCUAUGACGAUCACCUCAGUCAGUGGUUCACUCCAGAUGGCUUUCGCUCUCUUUUCGCACUCGUCGGGACCAACGGGCAGGGCAUCGGCACCAGCUCCCUCAGCCAGUGGGUUCAUGCGUGUGAUGCACUGGAGCUUCCUCACCAGCAGAGGGAGCAGCUGGAUGCCUUUAUUGACCAGUUAUACAAGGACAUCGAUAAAGAAACGGGAGACUUCCUCAACUGUGAAGGAUCCGGUCUCUUCCUUCUUCAGAGCUCAUGUAACCACAGCUGCAUACCGAACGCGGAGGCGUCCUUCCCGGACAACAACUUCCUGCUUCACCUGAACGCGCUGAGUGACAUCAGCCCUGGCGAGGAAAUCUGCAUCAGCUACUUGGACUGUUGCCAACGAGACAGGAGUCGUCAUAGCAGGCACAAGAUCCUGAGAGAGAACUACCUGUUUGUGUGCUCGUGUCAGAAGUGCAUGGCCCAGAUGGAUGAUGCAGAUGUGACCUCAGAGGACGAGGACGAGGCGGAGGGAGAGACAGAAGGGGACGAGAUGGAGGACGAGAUGACGGACGUGUGAUGACGAUCGGGUUUUGGGUUUCACCAUUUCCCCCAUUUCAUGCCUGUCUUUUUGUGGACGAUUACACUUUCAUAUCAUCAUAAAGAAAAGCACUCAGGUCGCCAUAACGAACCUGCAGCGCUGUUCAUGCAAUAGGAGAGUAAGCUCUUGGCUAUGCAAAGUGUUUUGUCUCACUUUUACACCUUUAAUUACCAUCACAUUAGUGGUGCCAAGAAUGCUUCCAUUUCCAUUUUUUCCAGACUGAUCUAUUCCACCUUGAUAUAAAAAAAUUCAGAUUAUAACAUAUUUCAUCUAUGCACUGACAUUUUUGAUACAUUAUGAUGCUCUAACACAGCAUGAAGUCUUUCAAAGACAAAAUAAUCCACAUUUCAUCAGCCUUUCUGGACUGUAGACACAACAAACAGCCAUGCGAUGUCUUCACCAAUAUUUUAGUUUGCUUGGCUCAAAAAAAAAAAAAAAAAAAAAAAAUAGUGUCUGCUUUUGCUUGGAGCAGGUAGGGUGUGCUUAACCUCCUUAAACUCUCAGAGUCUGUCAGCUGCUCCAGAGUUAUAUUCCUCAAUCUCAUAACUACUGUGCCCUCCAGUAUUAUUGGCACCCUUCAUAAAAAUGAACUAAAAUGAUUGUAUAAAAAAGAACCUUACACACAGUAAUUCAAAAAUUCCACUCAAACAAUAGGAAGAGCUAUUUGUCUUUGUUAUGACUCUACAGAAUCUUUUAAAUAAAUGCAAACCAAUUAUCAUUCUUAAUUUUUUCCCCUGUAUCUCAGUCCCCCAGGAACUCUGUUGUUCCCUUUAACCAUGUCUUGUUUCCCUGGGGUAUAAAUAGUAUGUUGCACACACAAAUUUGUUAAAUCCCUAACAUAAAAUCCCGUAGUCAUCAAUUACCACUGGGAAGAAACCAAAGAACUUAAACCCAAAGGUGACAAAUGGUUGUUACUUUGCACAAAUCAGGUAACGGAUAUAAACCAUAUAAGCAGUUAGCAAUGCAAUUAAGUGCAAUUAAGGCCAUAAGAAAAAGUUUCAUGUGUCUGAAAGUGUUUUAAAUUAUCCAGGAAUUGGACCCCCAUACACACUGUCUCCCCACACUGUGAUGUGGAUGGUGAAGGAAGGAAAAAGUGCCCAAAGAUCACAGUAGCAUUGCUUUUAUUUUUUGUGGUUGUCAAUUUCAGUGUUUAGAAGUGUUAUGAGAAAAAAGCCCUUCGUAAUAUCCUUCUACAAGUGCUUCGUAAUAUCUUUCUACAAGUGCUUCCAACCUUGUAAGAUAUUACAGGAAGAGACUCCGUGCUGAUAUUCUCUCUAGGACAGGAGUCACAAAAUAUUAAUUGUAAGGCUUCUGGUCAUUUUAAACAUGUGUUAUUCUUUUUAUGUAUUAAUUUUAGCUCAUGUUUUUAAAAUGGAAGGUGCCAAUAAUUAUGGAGGACACUGUACGUUCAUUUCCUGCUCGUUUCAACGUAGUUAUUGAAUAACAAAUUACUAAUAGAAUUUCUGCCAAAUGCCAUAAAGUAAAUGUAAAUGAAUAACUCAUUAAAUAGUAUGCCUUAAGAUAAAUAGCUGAACAAUAAGCCAGGACGUUAAGGGGUUUAUCAAUUAGACAUCACAGUAAACAAUUUCAGUUCUGCCAGUGCCAACAAUCUGGACGAGUCUGUGGUUCACAGCAGGUCUUAGCUAAUCUACAGUUAUGUUUCAGGUAUGCAGCAUUAGUUUCACUACAUCAACUGCCAGGCAGAUGCAUUUUGCCUCGGGAUUAUGUUUUUGAUGUUGAGCGAGGACUCACCACGGCGUCGCGGGAGGUAGGAAAACACCGCUGAUUGCAUUUUCCAUUUUCAGCACUUAAUAGUCAUCGUGUGCUUAUGAAAUUCGCAUUGGAACAUUCAGACUUUCUCCCUAUCGUGCACAGUGUUCUUGACAAAUCCUGUCAGUUUCAACAUCAUGCCAGAACAAUUCAACAUCGAAAGCAGCAGAUGCUGAAUUAACAUAACUGGAUAUCUUCGAAAUGCAAUAAUAAUCAUGUGACAGUUUAAGCUUGCUCAGUACGUGAAAUGAAACGUUUCUUGAAUAAUUUUGGAGCGUCAGUGCUUUUUAUCUUACUGAAACCACAGACCAAAUAAUGAGUAGAUUAGCAUUCAUUAGUGCAACAUCCGCCUUGUUGAUAUUUAUACACACACAUACACACACUUUCUAUUUGUUCUGCCGUCAGGACUUGAGCAGAUAACUUCUCAGAGCCUGAGUUCUGAACUGCAGUUAGGUUUUGCUUCAGCUAUCACAAUGAAUACUGUUUCUAUGGACACAUCCCUGAGACAUUCAGGAUGGUGACACUUAAGGACAGAGACUUGUGCUAUAUGAUGCAUGCAUAAGCUGUUCAUAACAGAUGACAACAAACUGACAUUAGCACUUAUAAAGGCAUCAGCCUGUUGUGUAAAGUUGACACAAUACCUGAGUAAAGUGAAUUAAGAUUGAUGCAAGGUUGCGGGUUGAGGCAACAUAGGAGGUGACAUGACUUGUGUUAUAGUGUUAUAAAGUGUUAUAAAACAACCUCAGUUGAUUUGGGUGUAGCUUGAAUCAGUGGCAUCUUGUUCAUAGGGGCAAGUGGAGCAGAGCCACGCCAUUAAAACCGCCUGCCUAAUAUUGUGUUGUCUCACUGGUUCACCAGUUGUCCUUCCUUGGACCCCUUUUUUAGGUACUAACCACUGCAUACCGGGAGAACCCCAUAAGACCUGCCAUUUUGGGGAUGCUCUGCCCCAGUUGUCUACCCAUCACAGUUUGGCCCUUGUCAAAGUCACUGAGAUCCUUAGGCUUGCCCAUUUUUCCUACUUCCAACAAACGAACUUCGAGAACUGACUGUUCACAUGAUGUCUCAUAUAUCCCAUCCCUUGACAGGUGCCAUUGUAACGAGAUAAUCAAUGUUAAUCACAUCACCUGUCAGUGGUUUAAAUGUUAUGGCUGAUCAGUGUAUCUCAGCUGUUUAACAAAUGUUGAUCUUCAUAAAGUCCUCAUUCAUAAGUCCAUAUAUUUUAAAUUACAUAGAAAUUUGCAAGUGCGAUAUUGCUUUUAUACAACAGUUCUAUAGACAAGAAGUGAAUACUGAGUAAGUGACAUUUUGGACACUAUAUGCCCAAAUGUUUAUUUUUACUCUGCUAGGAGAAAUAGAUUCCGAAGAAGCCGCACUCACUUUAUUGCUGGCUAGUUAGGUCGCGUUGAUCUGUACAUUUCCGCUAAAGGUGCUUCCGGUACAAUUGGCGUCCCUUCUUACUUUUCAUUUUCAGCUGACAAGCUUUCAUAUUUCAAGCCACAACUAAUAUUCCUGAAAAGGACUAUUUGCCACAUCCACUGAUGAUGUUGCUAACACUACUGGUUUCGAACUAGGAAGUAGAAUUUUAUGUGGUGAACACAGACGAGCGGAGUGAUACACACAGUGAAAUGUCCCAGUGUUGGAACGCAGCUCGACCAAUCAAAUUAGUGAACUGGUGCUAACUGUUGCAUAAUGAAAGAUGUAUUGCAAAAACUGCAUGAAGGAAAAGUGGAUUAAUGAGUGGAUAAUGGCCAUACACCAGAAAUGUGUGUACGCCAUGGUGACCUUGUUUCUGAUGCAAAAGCUGAGGAAGAAAUAAGAAAAACAUGAAUAUGUAUUUACCCUUUUUUAUGGCUUUUGAGAUGUAAUUGGGCUGGAAAUUUUUGAAACUUUGCAACCCUGGUUAAUGGUGACAGGAAACAUACCUGGUGUAUUGAACACAGUUGAACUAAGGUACAGCUAAAUCCACUGAAAACAAGCUGCUAGACUGUAUCCUGAAUGGCUGUAUGUUGUCAAUUCUUUAAUUCCUAUUACAGUGUUACUCUAAAAAUUCACUAGAUAGUAGCCUAUAGUAGCCCAAGUCAAGUGUGAUAGCCUCUCGAUUUUGUUUGAUGCUAUGUUGUUGUUAACGUCGUCCUGCCCCAUCAAAAUACAUGGUCACGACCCUCUGCAAAAUUGACAUGACAGUUGGUGUCUGUCGAAAUACGCCUUCAAGAAGCUUUAAACAGGCUUAUGUUAGAUGUCAUGAACUGUUCACAGAGGCGUUAUGUAGCCUUAUGAGCCAUUGUUACUUUAGCCGUCUGAGUAGCCCAACUACUUUUAUAUAUCUUUAUCUUUCUCAAAAAAAUUUUUUAGUUUGGUCUGUGGUACAAAAAACAUUUACAGACAACUUUAUUAAAUGAUUGAUAGAUGUAGCCCAUUGAUCAGUUUCCACAGUAAUCAGAUUGGGUUUCAACAGGUUAAGAAGAUGUAAAAUGUUUUAGCUUCAAACCCUCUGUUUGGACAGUGUAAUAAAAAGUGGAGAAUUUUUGGAACUCCAUGUACAUAUACAUGCUGCAUCUGCAAACAACAUCUUGGCUGAAAGCCUCUGGUUGUUAUUUUUGGCAAAUGGGGUGUAAUGUGAGCCCAGCAUCCUGUAAGAGGACAAAAUAGGAAGAGAUAUGAAGGAGGAAGUAGGGACACCUGGGGCCGUGUCUGAGAGGAAUAACCUCUGAGCUCAGGCCAACAGAGUCUCGCUGGCAGAGUGGCCUGCUGUGAAUGCAGCCACACAACGGCGUCCCUUCAACAUGGCCACAUGGCCGUGUGAGAGGGGUCGAAGUGCCUGCCCUGGGAGGAAAGAGCCCGAUAGAGAUGCCCGAUUGAAGAUGGAGGAGGGGGGUCGGCUGCAAGCACACAACUUGAAUGAAGCACAGUUAUAAUGACUGAGAAAAAGGAGCUUUUAUUCUAUCAAACUGAGGCCAUGAGGAAUCCGCAUUUACAUUUGUAAAUGAGCUUUGAGUGUAAAAUAGUAGCAAUGAAAACAAGCCACAUUAUGAUUAUUACAAACUCACGCAGGGCAAAUGAAAGAAUCCAAUUUGCAUCUUAUGAUUAAAAAGGUUGGAUCUUGUUUAAGCAUAUUUGAUAUUCAGAGGUGAAACUUGCCUGCAUUUAUGAAAGAGAGCAAUUCUGGUUUAACAUUUGGUUGUUUACAGUUUGGCACAAUGCUAAUAGCUCUCAUUUGAGCGCUCCAGUUGACUUGCACACAGCAUGUUUGCAUUUUUGCGAUUGCUUAUUACUACAUUAACUCCUGUCAUUCAGCCCAUGUUUCAGUGAAACAACACCAAUAAAGACAAGUGCAAAAUUC